AUGAAGAAAACGAAAAUCUGCGCCGCCUGGAGAAAAAAGGCAUGUCCUUUUGACGACGAAUCCUGUAAAUUUGCUCAUGGCGCCGGAGACCUCCAGAAAGGAAAACCGGCGCUCUGCGAGCUGUUCAGAGCGGGGAAGUGCCACAAAGGCUCCCAGUGUCGCUUUGCUCACCAUGUCGACGAAAUUAGCACGGACUUUGCGCCGCAUACAGCCGACGCCUUGCAGCGCGCGUUGCCGAAGAAUAUCGCUGAUCCGCCGCUGCUCAAGCGUCUGUUGUUUCCGCGAACGCCGAACGCACGAUCUCCGCUCUCCACCGAGGCGGGAGCACGCCUGGGGAGAGAGCGGGAGGAGACAGGCCUCUUUCUGGAAGAGAGAGACCGGCGGCGAGAAGAAGAGCUUGGCACAAACGGUCCGUGUGGGGGGUCUCCUCGAGUGUCGCCUCAGGGGUGUCUCGGGACUGGACUUACCGGGAAGGCUGGCAAGCUCUCCCAGGUGUGUAGCGAAGAUCUGAGAGAGUCAAAGAAUCCAGAGAUGGAGAAGCGCGACGCCGUGGAGUACAGUGGCGCGUCGCCCGCCUCACUGCAGUCCUCUCAGUCGUAUGCUUCGUUCAGUUUCGCGUCGCCGAGCUCGAAACGAAGGGGCAAGGCCGCGGCGCGCGUGGCUGCCUCAGCAGGGUCCGGAACUCCAGACUCUGCGAGUCUCUUCUCACCCUUCUCUUCGCCCUCUCUGCCGCUUCUGGAGGUGUCGCCCCCCGCGCCUCCCUACGCGCGGCUGAUCUGCGGCGUCGGUGAAGAACGCACCGAAGGCGCGCGCCGGCUUCCUGGGGAGCAGACGCCGCUUCUCUCCUCUUCUGAUUCGUUCGCUGCAGGGCCUUCUUCUGCUGGAGGUUUCGCUGCCGGCUCCUUCAACUCAGGACCUUUGGGCGCCGCCGAGAUCUGCGACCAGAGACGCGGGGCGCUGCUGGACAUUCCUGCACCUCCCGCACCUCCACCCUUCGCAUUUGCUCGUCCAGAGCCCAUGCCUGCUGAGAAAGGCCUGCCUUCUCUGCUGUCCGAGGAGUCGUACGACACAGGCGGUGUGGGGACAGCCACAAGUCCUCGCAAGGCCUUGCCCAGCGGGUCCGUGACCAGCGGCAUGGACCCCUCUUCUGCGUCUCCGCAGUCGAUUGCUUCGUCUCCAGGCUUCUUCCCCAGCGUCUCCAAGGACGGGCGACUGGCGACGGCGGCGUGCCCCGCCUGGCAAGGCCCACGACCCGAGGGUGUAUGUACACCUGGGCCGGAGCCGCCGCGCGUCCCGCUCUCGCCUUCCGUCGCAUGCGGUGCACAGUUCGCGUCGUCCACUCUCUUCGCUCAGAUGGGCGCCGCCUCCGCGCGCUCUCGGGGCUCUGGACGACCCGCUGCGCCUCUCGGCUCGGUGGAUCAAGACGCUGCAGACGGACCUGUUUUAGACGGAGACGCAUCAGCCGCCUUCUCGCCUUCGUCUGCCGUGGCUUCUCCCGCCUUGAAGAAGUCCAACGCGUCGCCCCGAAAGAAGAGCGGGGAGGGCCUUCCGCGCGGCCGAGACCCCACUCGUCAUGAGGCCUCCUCUUCGCGACCCUCCCCCGCGCCUCUCUCUGAUGCUUCCUCUUCUCUCGCGGCUGCUUCUUCUCUCUCUAGUGCGUCUGCCUCUUCUCUCUCUGACGCUUCGUCGACUUUCUCUGCUCUUCUCCCGGCCUCGCCACCCGUCUCGCUGCCAUCCCACAGAGGAGGGCCCCGCGGGCCGGGUUCCCCGGACUCCUACGCACGAAGCCCUGAGGGCCCUGUGUACGUACACCCCGUGCAUUCUUCGGCGGCGUCCAAGGCGCCGGGCGCAUCUCCGAAAGGCGCUGGAUGCGCAGCGGCGUCCCCGACAGGCCCUGGGCGUCAGAGUUCCUCCGGUGCGAAGAAGGAGAAGAUGGAGCGGAAGCCUUGUCACAAGACGACGCGUGCGGCCGAGGGCGGCCCGCCGCCUCUGAGCGAGACCAAGAAAGGGUCGCGGAAGUCGCCCUCGCAGGCCCGCGGGCGUCCUGAAAUGGCGCCUUCUCUACGCGUUGCUUCGGCCUUCUCUCCGUCGUGUUCUGCCGCGUCUCCGCAGUUCUGUGGCGGGUCUCACGCCCCCACUCGCUUCCCCCGGGCGCGUUCCCUGUUCCCUGCUGGGGCGCCUGGGGACCCUCGCCUCACACCGACUUCCGAGGGUCCUCGGGAGAGCGAGGGCGCCGGUGAGUGGAUCAGAGAAGCUCCGAGACUGUCUGUAGCGGGGCCAGUGUGUUUUGGAGACCUCCGACCCGACUGCUCUGCAGGGAAGAGUUGCAUACAUGCGCCGCCUCCCGUUCAAAUUCCUCUCUUGCCCUCCUGGGCGUCUCUGGUCGCACAGAGACCCCCGUCGACUUCGUCGCCUUCGAGUUCUUCGAUCUCUCCGUUCGCCUCCUCUCCAUUGACAUCCUUCUCGCGUCUCUCCACUGUCUCUCACCCGUGCCUCUCCGUCGGGAAUGCCACCAGUUGCUCGUUCCAUGCUUCUUCUCCCCCUGCGUGUUCCCCCGUCUCUCUUCCUCUGGGAGGCGCCUCUCCCUCUUCCGCGCCUCCUUCUCUUCCUCUUUCUUCCCUCUCCUCUGUGCCUGCUGCUUCUUUCUCCUCUCCCUUGUUUGCGACAUGCACCGAGGGGAAGGAGGAGGAAGGGUCUGAAGGCGAACCCGGACAGAGCGCAGAAUCUGGUCGAGUGGGAGAGGCAGCGCCGCCGGGAUAUCGGCCCAGAGGAGACUGCGAGAAGCGCUCGUGUUGGAGCGGCGAGAAGAAAAAGAAGUACGUUGCGCUGAGCCACAGUCGCUCCCUUCCCCAGACAAACAGUCCGAAACGCGAAGGCCCUUCUCGGCUUAAAAACGAGUUGAGUGGAGCGCAGAUGGAAAAUGAAGGACCAGCAGAAUCAGAGACGACAGCCGGGGCGUCUCAGCCAUGCCCGUGGAGGCCGCUUCCUCGCUGCGGGACUCCGGUUCUCGUCUCUUCGGCGUCUCCACCUGUCGGCGUCGUCUGUCUGUCUGCGUCGCCGCCGUCUUUUUCUUCGUCGUUCGUGCAUGCAGGCGAGGCCGAGGAAACCCCCAUUCUCUCUCCAUCCGUGGGAAUGCCUCAGUACUCCUGCCAGAUUUUAUCUGGGGCCCUUUCUCUCGGUGUCUCUCCUGGAAAUCCCUAUCCCUUCUAUCCAUCUUUCCCCCCGUUCCCCGCGCCUUCGCCUGCCUGUGCAUCCUUCUCGACUCUGCCUUCGCUGCCUUCUCCUCUGCCGCCUUCGCUGCCUUCUUCUCUGCCGUCUUCGCUGCCUUCUCUCCUGUCUCCGUACCUCCCUGCUUCGCACUCACAGGCCUUGCCGCUGUGUCAGAGCGAACCGGGUGUUCCCGCAGUCUCCCCACCGCCCGCGUCCGCGCUCUCGUCUCUGCCGCCUCCCCAGCAUUUCUUCUCCUUUUCGGCGUCCCCAGGUCCGCCGUUCUUCGCGCCUGCGUUCGAGGGGCGGCCGUACCAGGCGUCUCCCGUCGCAUCUGUCUUCGUUCCUUCUCUCUUGAAGGAGGAAGAAGUCGAGAGGUUUUCGCCUCCCCCCGAAGCUCCGUGCCGUGCGGCUUGCGAGAAAGGCCAAAUGGAAGGCUGGACGCCGCCACGAAGCAACUCUUCUCCGUUAGCGGCUCCAUGCAGAGACAGAGAUCGGGCGGGCGGUGCGCUAGGGCCGCCUUUCGCUCUCGGGAAUGAAGACACUGCCCGGGAAGAAGAGGGAGGAGAAGCACAACGGACUCCUCUCUCAGUAGCGGCGUCUGGCGCCUCUUCGAUGCGUCUUCCGCAUCUCCUCGUCACCCAUGGAGCCCCAGAGAGUGAAGAGCGGACGCAGGAAGACACGAACAUCUCUUCUUGGGGACCUGAACCCAAGGAACACCCGUGGUCGGGCCCCGCUUCGGGUGUACAUACACCCCCGGCAUCUGUGAACCGCCGCGGAGAAAGGAGCCCCGAGAAGCCACACGCGCUCAGCGGAGCGGUUUCUUCUCCCGCAAGGCCUUUUUCCAGUAAAGUCGGUCCACGGCCUUCAGGCGACUCCGACAGAAGUUCGUCUUGCCAAGAAGAGCGAGAAGACGUGCAGGAAGGAGGGCCGGCAGAUGCUUCAGCGGAACUGGGAACUGAGGACAGGUCUUUCGACCGUGGUCGACAGGCCUCAGACGCGUCGAGGCUCCGACCUCCUGCAGACGACUUUUACCCAGAGCACGACGCGUUCGGUAACGAGAAACGUGCGGUGUCUAGACAUCGGGAGGACUCCUCGAAUUCGGGCCAGGUGGCAACCUCCAGUCCCCAACGAAGACACCCAGAAAGGAAAGACAGACCAGGCUUUCCUUUUGAAGACGGCCGUCCGGCGACCCAAGGCAACUGUAGCCAAGACGUUCCUCCCUGCUGUCAACCUGAGCUCUGCUACUUGGACAUGAUCUCUGUGCUGCGGCUUCAACAGCCGCACAUGCCUCAGAUUCUUCAGUGCUUCGCACCCGUUCGAUACGAAGACUAG